GAAAUGGGGAACAAUGCGAGUGAGCAACUUCAGGAAGUCAUUGUGAAAGAAAGCUGGGAAGAGCUCCGCGGCCAAGUUAACAGGGCACUCUAACAAGUGCCUGCGCGGCCCGCGCCCAGGGCGGCGACCGCGGAGACAGCCCCUCUCGAUCCCCGCGGAGCGCAGCCAAGCCCGGGCGGGACGCUCAGCGGCGGCGGGACGCGCAGCGGCGGCGAGGCGGACGACCCGGGCGGCGAGCCCGGCAGGGCAGAGGGAGCCGCGGCUCCGAGCGAGGUUGCUCUUCGAGCCCGAGGAUCAAUCUUGGCCCCCAAAGCGCAACGCGCAGAUCCACAUAACCUGAGGACAAUGGACGCUGAUGAGGGUCAAGACAUGUCCCAAGUUUCAGGGAAAGAAAGUCCUCCCGUGAGUGACACUCCAGAUGAUGGCGAUGAGCCCAUGCCUGUCCCUGAGGACCUUUCCACCACCUCUGGAGGACAGCAGAGUUCCAAGAGUGAGAGAGUCAUGGUUGCAUAUGGGGCUGAUGACUUUAGGGAUUUUCAUGCAAUAAUUCCCAAAUCUUUCUCUCCCAGUAAUGUUAAAGUAGAGACUCAGAGUGAUGAAGAGAAUGGGCGUGCCUGUGAAAUGAAUGGGGAAGAAUGUGCGGAGGAUUUACGAAUGCUUGAUGCCUCAGGAGAGAAAAUGAAUGGCUCCCACAGGGACCAAGGCGGCGCGGCUUUGUCAGGAGUUGGAGGCAUUCGACUUCCUAACGGCAAACUAAAGUGUGAUAUCUGUGGGAUCAUUUGCAUCGGGCCCAAUGUGCUCAUGGUUCACAAAAGAAGCCACACUGGGGAGCGGCCCUUCCAGUGCAAUCAGUGCGGAGCCUCCUUCACCCAGAAGGGCAACCUGCUGCGGCACAUCAAGCUGCACUCCGGGGAGAAGCCCUUCAAGUGCCACCUCUGCAACUACGCCUGCCGCCGGAGGGAUGCGCUCACGGGCCACCUGAGGACGCACUCCGUUGGUAAACCUCACAAAUGUGGAUACUGUGGCCGAAGCUAUAAACAGCGAAGCUCUUUAGAGGAACAUAAAGAGCGCUGCCACAACUACUUGGAAAGCAUGGGCCUUCCGGGCACGCUGUACCCAGUCAUUAAAGAAGAAACUAAUCACAAUGAAAUGGCAGAAGAUCUGUGCAAGAUAGGAUCCGAGAGAUCCCUCGUGCUGGACAGACUAGCAAGUAACGUCGCCAAACGUAAGAGCUCUAUGCCUCAGAAAUUUCUUGGGGACAAGUGCAUGUCGGACAUGGCCUACGACAGCAGCGCCAGCUACGAGAAGGACAACGAGAUGAUGAAGUCUCACGUGAUGGACCAAGCCAUCAACAAUGCCAUCAGCUACCUGGGGGCCGAGUCCCUGCGCCCCCUGGUGCAGACGCCCCCGGGCGGCUCCGAGGUGGUCCCCGGCAUCAGUCCCAUGUACCAGCUGCACAAGCCCCCCACCGAGGGCACCCCGCGGCCCAACCACGGGGCGCAGGACAGCGCCGUGGAGAACCUGCUGCUGCUCUCCAAGGCCAAGUCGGUGGCCUCAGAGCGGGAGGCGUCCCCGAGCAACAGCUGCCAAGACUCCACGGACACCGAGAGCAACACGGAGGAGCAGCGCGGAGGCCUCAUCUACCUGACCAACCACAUCAACCCGCACGCGCGCAACGGGCUGGCCCUCAAGGACGAGCACCGCGCCUACGAGCUGCUGCGCGCGGCGGAGAGCUCGCAGGACGCGCUGCGGGUGGUGAGCAUGAGCGGCGAGCAGAUGAAGGUGUACAAGUGCGAACACUGCCGCGUGCUCUUCCUCGACCACGUCAUGUACACCAUCCACAUGGGCUGCCACGGCUUCCGCGACCCUUUUGAGUGCAACAUGUGCGGCUACCACAGCCAGGACCGCUACGAGUUCUCGUCGCACAUAACGCGGGGGGAGCACCGCUUCCACAUGAGCUAAGGGGGCACAGGACGCCGCCCUCUCCCUCCGCGACAGCCCCCGGCUGCACCGGCGGAUGUUGUGUUUUCAUUUAUUGGGAUUUUUUUUGUUUGUUUGUUUGUUUUUUCUGUUUCCUAACUUGGUCGCGGUUCUGAUUUGCUUUUGGAAACAAGGAAGUUUUUAUUGUAGCGGCAGGGUGACACCGGAGCACCCAGAACUGCUGUCUCUUAGAGCUAGCGACAACCCCUGCCCUGUUCCUUCCUAGAAUCUCCUUCUCUAAAUAAUUAGUCUAAGAAGUGUUCUGAGAAUUAUAUAAAACAGGCCAAAAACCUGGGAAGGAGUUUGUACACCAGGUGCAUCCAGCAAGUGUGUCCCGAAGUGUGUCCCUGCAGGUGCGCAAACAGGACAGGUGUGUGACUGCCUGAGUGGUCUGGAUGCAGCAAGACCAGCAGCUGAGUGGGCCUCACACAUCUAGAGCAGAAAGCCUGCACUUUUUGAAAGAAAAUACUAUUUCAAGUCAUACUCUGUGCAGGAAAAUAAAUUGUUUGGGGAAGUAGUGUCUGUUGGGCUGCACUGGGCAAAGAGUAGGGUGUCAGGGCCUGAAUCCCAGGCUUUGCGGAGCACGCUGGAGUGAGGCUGGGCCUUCUUAGGCUUGUGGCCAGGGGGGAUGAAUCCAGUCUUCCUGGGGAUGUAUCUGGAGAGCCCGGUUUUCCUGCUUUUUCAUUCCUGUGCUUUUAAUAGCCAAAAAAGUCUAUCACUACAUUUUAAACACCAGUCCUGAAAUUCGGACCUUAAUUCUUUUUGAACCACUCAGACAGUAAAAUUCCUCAGAAACCAAAGCUUCAUUCCAAAUUGUACACUCGUUUCUCAUGAACGGCAGCUGGUUCUCUCUUCCUUCCCUGCCUGGUUCUACCCAAGCCCUGAAUCCUAGCUCUCAUUUU